AUCGAGAAAAUCGAAUUCAACAGAAGUGCAGUGUCAAAUUUUUGGAGGUGUGUUCGCUCAUGAAAAGAAUAUCGAAAGCUAAAAAGGUGUGUUUCUGGGUGAAAAUUUGAUGUUUUUCUCUUAAUCGAGGUGCAAAUAGCUUCGAAGUUAUGCUGGGACAUUGCUGAGAUAUGUUUGAGCGGAAUUUGAUCGCUUAAAUUGAAUAGUCGGGGGUUUGUGCAACGUUAUUCAAAUCAUCAGUCAACGAGCUCUGCCUUGGGGGUUGACUUAGUCUGGAAGGAGUACCAAUAAAAAUUUCAAUUGAGAUAGAACUGUCACAAUAAGUAACCUGAAUGAAACAAAUUGUUUAAUGAGUAGUUUCUAGAAAUGGAUGUAGACUCGCCCAAUUCUUUGAAAAGAUGUUCCAGUGCUCCGCAUAUUAACAACUUGCUGCCUACGACUGCCGUUGGAAUGCACUCACUAGUUGUACCAAUGGACGAAGGACAAUCACAUCAAGACACCUCCGGAGGAACAACCGGAGUAGUAAUUCAGCAGCAGUCGACAGUUCGUCAAGCGGCUGGAUGCAACCAGCAGCAACAAUCGCCAAACCAACACCAUGUAAUGUCUGCUUCCAGUACUUCUAUCAUGCAAACUGCCGGUAUCUUAGCUCACAGGGAUCCCCCACCAACGUCAUUCUCCAAUAUUUUUACCCCGCGAGCACGUCGUUUUUCGGCUAGUUUCAGUCCGUUAGCUGUUAUUUCAAAUGGAAGCUCAAGUCCUAGUCGAUCUGGUAGUUGCACUCCUGGCCCACGGCUAACACCGCGAAUAUCUCAGUUACGUCAGGAGGAAUGCGCAGAUCUAAGCAACAGUCGAGAGGUGAAUCAUGAACGGGAAAUCCAUUCGGCGAUGCAAAUGUCACAGAGUUACGAAGAUCUUACUCUGGUCACCGAAAACUGGUCGUUUUCGUCAAGCACCAAAAAUGAUGAUUUAGUCAAUCCAUUGCAUGUAGCACUGCCCUCUAUCGGAACCAACUAUUGCUCUAGUCCUUCUCCCACCAGUCGUGGAGGUUUGGGGUUACAGUAUCCUACUACUUCGCCAUCUCCAACGCGAAAGUUUGUUACCCGACGCUCAAUGUCUCCUUGCCCGAUUCGACCGAGUCCACUAAGUUCUUCGGUGAAACGAAAGUUCGAUUUGGAAGAUAACUAUGUUAGCAGUUAUUCCCCACCACCCAUGAAAAAGAUCUUCACCUCGGACAGGGGAUCAUCUCCAGUGUGCCAAACACCGUCACCGUCGCCGAUAUGUCCAAGUCCGGACUCAUCGACAACUUCGUUCGAAAAUGGUAGUAAUACUGCAUCAAGCAGCGGUCGGAUAACGCCGAAAUUUUUUGUCACAAAACUUCCAGCAUCAGCACCUGGUAGCUGUUUAUUCGGUGGAGGCAGUAAUGGUGCUGCUGGCGGCACUGUCGCCGGAAUCAACACAGCCUCUAGUCUGGCGCUGCCAUUACACACUGAUUCACCCCCACCUUCUUCCUCUUCGUCGUCACCGAUGAUGAUGGAUUGUGGUGUGAGUAGCAGCAGUGGACCCAAUCCAUUGGACGCAAAUGUCAAACUAACACAGCAGAGCACGACGAUUAGCAGUUCCGAGGGGACAAAAAUUGAUUGUGAUGAGGACAUCACUGAAUUGACUGUUGUAGCCAGCAGUACUAGCAUUAUGGCAACCGAAUCGUCCGGAUCGGUGUUGAGUGAGGGAUUGAAAGCUCCUCGCCUACUAGAAAAUAGUAGCGAGCCGGAGCUGUUGGACAGUAGCAGUAAUAGGCUGAGUACUAGUAGUAAUACUAGCAAUGAUAACAAUAGUAAAAGUAACAGCUCUCUUUGUCCGUUGUCAUUUGGUUCAUCAACUAGCAACGGCAGUGGAGCAUUUUUGGCAAACGAAAUUGAGAUAGCGGAAACUUGAGGGAAAAUCUUUCACACAUGUACGUUUAAAUAGGAUAAACCAAGAUACACAUACGCUAACACGCUUAGGAAAACAAGUGGGAAUGUUGUUUUCCAAUACUUUGUCUCUAUUGAAUAUGUAGUAUAGUCAUUGUAGGCUUCUUUAUUUCAGAACUGUAACAAAAGAAUAACUGAAAAUCAGUCUCAUUGUUUCCAUUGGGAAUUUUUAGGAAACGAUUGUUCAGGGCCAAGUGCGUAGCUUACUUAAAACAAUCUUCAAAAACGGCGGCCAACAUUGAACAAAUAUUGUACAUAAUGUAAAUGUGCUCCAUCGAAUCUUGCAAUUUUUUUUUUGGAAACAGUUGGAAUGUAUCAAUAAUAUCUAACAAUGAUAAUUCAUGUUGAAGGGUUUUGAUUCAUGGUAAUACUUCAGAGCAUACGCGGCUGUUGCAUCAAUCAUGCAUUUUCAAGUAUCGUAAAACAACAUAUUUGUCAUAAUAUUUCCAAAUGGCAGUUAUUCGUUUUUGUUAGGAAUUAGCACGUUACACAUAUCUUUCAAUGUUUGAUAUCCGGAAUGUUGCUCCAUCGUGUUUCGCUAAUCACUUUGUAACGGGUGUAGAGUAGUUUCUGUGGGAUCGAACAAAACCAUCAGAUAAUUUAAUACCAAAAAACCUAAUCUAAACAACAACUUCUGUCGUAGAAGCAAAUAGAACAUUACGAUUCAAUCAAUACACUGCAAUAAAAUCACAUGAAUCUGAAAUCAGUAAAUCAAUGGAAAGCAAUAGAAAUAGCUUGAAUGUGAUGAGUUUUUAGGCCGUUCUUUUGAUGUUUUCAAUGACCAGGUCCAUUCAAACCAACGAAAAAAUAUGUUUCACUGUAAUUUGCUUUGUUGGUUUACUGUCGUUUAUGUUAAAAACUGGAUAAUUUUUCCAGUUUCCACGACAUAAAAUUAUGAAUGUCAUUCGUUUUCAUGAAACCAUGAAUUGAAUCCAAUCGAGUACAAUAGGAUUAGUUUGAACAAAAAAAGUGAUAAUAAAAUAUAGUACGGUAUUAAA